GUUUGAUUUAAAGAUCAGAUGAUCACCAGUUCUCCUUUUUGUCUAUUUACUAUCAUUGGAACCCAAAAGUGAUUUUUUUUUUUUUGCCCUUUGUGCGGCUGAUCAUUGAUAGAAAAGAGCUGCGCUCGAGUAGGUCUGGCGGUUAGAACUCAUUAGCUGCAACCAUGGCUGCACCGCCAAGUAGCCGGCUUCAAAGUAUGUUGCAGGCGGCGGUGCAAUCGGUUCAAUGGACCUACAGUCUAUUCUGGCAAAUCUGUCCACAACAAGGGAUCUUAGUUUGGGCAGAUGGUUAUUACAAUGGAGCAAUUAAGACUCGGAAAACAGUGCAACCGAUGGAGGUUAGUGCCGAGGAGGCGUCUCUUCAGAGAAGCCAGCAGCUUAGAGAGCUCUACGAUUCGUUGUCCGCAGGAGAAACGAACCAGCCGGCAAGGCGGCCUUGUGCCGCCUUGUCACCGGAGGACUUGACUGAGUCGGAGUGGUUCUAUUUGAUGUGUGUCUCCUUCUCUUUUCCCCCUGGUGUGGGGUUACCGGGAAAGGCAUAUACAAGGCGGCAGCAUGUAUGGCUCACCGGUGCAAAUGAUGUCGACAGCAAAACCUUCUCUAGAGCCAUUCUUGCCAAGAGUGCUCGUGUUCAGACCGUAGUAUGCAUUCCACUCCUGGACGGCGUCGUUGAAUUUGGCACAACAGACAAGGUGCCAGAAGACCUUGGGUUUAUCCAACACGUCAAGACCUUCUUCGCCGACCACCCACACAGCCACCACCACCAGCCUCACCCACCAAAACCCGCUCUCUCCGAGCACUCCACCUCCAAUCCCGCCACCUCGUCCGACAACCCUUCCCGCUUCCACUCUCCUCCGGUCCCGUCCAUGUACGCCGUGGCUGACCCACCGGUCAACGCCAACCCAGAGGACGAAGAGGAGGAGGAGGAAGAAGAGGAGGAAGAGGACGACGAGGAUGGAGAGUCCGGGUCGGAGGCCGAAACCGGCCGUAACGGCCGGCCCAACAUCCCAGCCGCUCAAAACGCUCCCGGGAUAGCCGCCGCGGAGCCGAGCGAGCUGAUGCAGCUGGAGAUGUCAGAGGAUAUCAGACUCGGGUCGCCCGACGACGGGUCGAAUAAUUUGGACUCGGACUUCCACAUGCUCGCGGUGAGCCAAUCGGCCAACCCCACGAGCCACCAGCGCCAAGCCGACUCGUACAGAGCGGAGUCGACAAGGAGAUGGCCACUCGUGCAAGACCCACUAGCCAGUGGAAAUUACGUUCAACCACCACCGCCUUCAGGACCUCCACCUCCGCUAGAUGAAUUGACACAAGAAGACACCCACUAUUCCCAAACAGUCUCCACCAUCCUCCACACCCAAUCCCAGCCCAGCCGCUGGGCUGAGUCAUCGUCCACCGCUUACGUCCCCUACUCCAACCAAUCAGCUUUUGCCAAGUGGACCAACCGCGGGGACCCACACAUCCAUGUUCCUGUCGAGGGCACAUGCCAGUGGCUCCUGAAGUACAUUCUAUUCAGCGUACCGUUCCUCCACUCCAAGUACCGCGACGAGAAUUCGCCCAAGCUCCGCGACGGCGACGCCUCCACUCGGUUCAGAAAGGGAACCCCGCAAGAUGAGCUCAGCGCCAACCACGUCCUCGCCGAGCGCCGGCGCCGGGAGAAGCUCAACGAAAGGUUCAUUAUUCUCCGGUCGCUGGUGCCGUUCGUUACCAAAAUGGACAAGGCCUCGAUUUUAGGAGACACAAUUGAAUAUCUUAAACAAUUACGUAAAAAGAUUCAAGAUCUGGAGGCGCAUAACCGACAGAUGGCGGUUGAACAUCAACGGUCGAGAUCAGGGGACCUACAAAGAUCUAAUAGUUUGGGGGAUCUACAAAGAUCUAGUAGUUUAAAGGAUCAGCGAAGUGGAGUAACAGUAGUAGACCGAACCCAUGUGGGCCUGGACCGGCCCAGAUCGGGUCAAUCCGGGCCGGAUAAGAGGAAGUUGAGGAUUGUGGAGGGGAGUUGCGGUGUUGCAAAGCCCAAGGCAGUGGAGUCGCCACCGCCGCCGCCAUCACCGUCACCGACCUCGACGGAGACCUCGGUACAGGUGUCAAUCAUAGAGAGUGAGGGGCUAUUGGAGCUCCAAUGCCCUUAUAGGGAAGGGUUGUUGCUUGAUAUCAUGCAAAUGCUCAGAGAGCUCCGGAUUGAGACCACAACAGUCCAGUCUUCACUGAACAAUGGGUUCUUUGUAGCUGAAAUGAGAGCCAAGGUGAAGGAGAAUGUGAAUGGGAAGAAAGCAAGCAUUGUGGAGGUGAAGAGGGCAAUAAAUCAAAUAAUACCCCAUACUGACCCUUAGAUAAUUGCAGGAGAUGAGGUGAGGGGAGGUGAGAACCCGUAAAUUACUGACCUAUCGAUGAAGUUAGCAGUGUACAAUUUAUAGUAUUUUUCUGAUUGUCGUUGAGAUCAAGUAGUCAUAUCCCCAAAUUGUAAUCUAACAAACAGUAUGUGUAUUAUUAGCAUAAAAGUGCAAGAAAUGCAUGAUUUAAUUGCUCUAAUAA